AUGUUAUCGUCGAAAUUGAGCCUGAAGGCCCGUCUCACCCUUCUGGCCGUUUCAUCUUUCCUUUUCCUGCUCAUCGUGGGUCGCUUGUAUCGUGUAACUGAUUACCCGCUUAAAAUCAUCCAUCAAACUGUUGGCGACGAAGACGACAAAAGCGACGGCUUAAAACCGAGCGAAGAAUCCCCAAUUAUCCACCAAGAUCCCAUUGCGUUAACGAGCCACGAUGACCCGAAUGCCGUCCCUCACCCUAUCGACCACUUGAUUCGCGAUGCCGAUAAGAAAUGGGCAGCUUUGCUCAACAAGCAGGUCUACAACCUGACCCAGGUUGCCGAGCAGUAUCGAUUGCGCCGCGGGCGUCACCCACCCCCGGGCUUCGAUAAAUGGUAUGAAUAUGCCAAGUCCAAAAAUGCUCUUUUCAUCGAAGAUUUGUUUGAUCAAAUCUACGAUGAUGUGAGUCCAUAUUGGGGUUUGGAUCCGAAAGAAAUGCGCCGACAGGCUUCGGGAUUCGAUCCGCGCAUCGUUAUUCGCAACCACACAGUAGCAUCUGUCGGCCGCACUGGUGUGAACUGGCUGGAGGUUUGGAUGGAUAUGGUAUCGAAAUUCGAGAACUUCCUGCCCGACAUGGACAUCCCACUGAACGGAAUGGACGAGUCUCGGAUCAUCAUUCCAUGGGACAAACUUUCCGAAUAUCGUGAGCAGGACUUGAUCCGUCGCAAAGCGAUCGACCCCAGUACCGCUACCGACCAAUACAUGCAGCUUGACGCCUUCGAUCCCGAAGCGCUUCCUGAGUCCUGGGGCCCAGCCUGGGAAGGACCCGGACGACCCUUCUGGGAUAUCAUGCGCGAUGCCUGUCCCCCCGAAAGCCCUGGCCGCAAAUCCAACAUUCCUCACCUAGACUUUGCGAACCCCCCUCCCGAAUUCUUCAACUACCGCAACUUCUCGAAGACAGGUUAUGUGGAGGACUUCGAGAAAUCCAAGGACCCGUGCUGGAGAGCCGAACUGCAGGGAAUGCACGGCAGCUUCAUCGAACCUAUCUCGUUAUCCACCGCACACGAACUAUUCCCGCUUUUCGGAGGAUCGAAGUUGACCGUGAACAACGAGAUCCUACUCCCCCCGCCAAUGUACUACUUCGACAACCCCAUGUACUCAGGAGGUUUCCAGAACACGGGUGGUUCCUGGUCAAAGAAGAAGGACACUAUUUUCUGGCGCGGAAUCGCCAGCGGUGGCCGCAUUCGCGAGGAUACUUGGACAGGAUACCAACGUCAACGGUUCUUAUCCAUGCUGAAUGGUACAACGGUAGCUACAACAAACGGCUCCUCGUCAGCUGGAAUCAACUUCCGCCAGCCAGACUACCAAUACUACAAUGUCUGGGCUGGUAUUGAUGGCAAACUCCCCGAGUUCCUGGACGAGCACACUGAUCUAGGUUUCCUGGAUCUAAAAUGCUUCCCACCCGAAGAUGGCUUCCACUGCGUAUACCAGGACCCAUACUUCAGCAUCGUCGAGCCCGUGCCCAUGAAGGACCAAUAUGCCUACAAAUACCUGCCCGAUAUUGACGGCAACUCGUUCAGUGGCCGAUACCGUGCAUUCUUGCUGUCAACCUCUUUGCCCAUCAAGGCUACUGUCUACAAGGAGUGGCACGAUUCACGAUUAAUCCCCUGGGCACACUUUGUGCCCCUCGACUCGUUAUACAUGGAUAUCUAUGGUAUCCUCCAAUACUUCCUUGGUUAUAAAGGACAUAAUGGCCAUGAUAGACAGGCAGAGAAGAUUGCGAUGGGUGGAAAAAGCUGGGCUGAGCAGGUUUUGCGAUUGGAAGAUAUGGAGAUCUAUGUUUUCCGACUACUUUUGGAAUAUGCUCGUCUGAUGGACGAUAACCGUGAUACCCUUGCUUUUGUGAAUGAUCUGCAAGCUUAA